AUGAAUGAAGAAUUAGAAGAUGAUAAGAGUAUAGAAAUUACAGUCUAUGGUGAUGAGAACAUUGAAAGCAAUUCAGAAGAAUGUGGCAAUGAUCAUCCUAAAAUAAGGGCGUUACGUGAUAGAGGAAGGCCUGUUACUAUAUUAGUGAUUGGUCCUUCUGGUGUUGGUAAAUCUUCACUGAUCAAUGCAAUGUUUGGGAAGGAUGUAGCUGAGGUUGGACAUGGAGCUUAUGGUGUCACAUCUAGAAUACAUCCUCAUGAGGGAGAUUACAUGGGUGUUAAAGUAAAAGUUUUUGACACUAUUGGUUUUGGUGAUACUGAAGGCAGAACUGAUUUUAGUAUCUUGUAUCAAAUUGAUGAGCAUGAUAAGUAUGAUCUAAUCCUCAUAUGUGCUAAAUUAGAAGACAGAGUUAAUCGCCGCAUGUUCUUAGAGCUGGCCUUUGUCUUACAUAAAGAAAUGUGGAAGAGGACAGUUGUUGUUUUAACACAUGCAAAUCGAUUCAUUACUCUUGAUAGUGCUAUGUCUAUGGGCCCAACGGCUGCAAUAGAAGAAAAAAUUGUUGAGUACAAAACAUGCUUGGUUAAUCUUCUUCCUGGUCGUGUUAAAAAGGAAAUAUUGGAAAAAAUACCAUAUUGCAUAGCUGGUAGAAAAGAGGAAAAGGUAUUACCUACAACAAAUGACUGGUUAAAAGCACUAUGGGACACAUGCAUUGAUCAUUCCAGCAAUGAGACACAUCAUUUCUUAAAAGCAUAUGCAAAACACCGUCAAUCCAUUGAAGUAGGAGCUGUUUUGGCCUCUGUUAGUGUUGGAACUAUAUUAGGUGCUGGUAUUGGUGCUGUUAUUGGUACUGUUGUACCUGUUGGUGGCACUGCAAUAGGAGCUGGUAUUGGAGCUGGUAUUGGAGCUGGUGUGGGUGGAGUAUUGGGAGGUGGUACUGUUUCUGUUGGGGUUGCUGGGAAGCGUAUUAAGGAUAACAAUAGCUUGAAAAAAAAAUAA